GAUCACCAUGGCGACUGCAGGGAAGUUGAUGAGAGCGAUUCGAGUUUUUGAAUUUGGUGGACCAGAAGUGCUGAAACUCCGGUCGGAUGUUGCGGUACCAAUUCCAAAAGACCAUCAGGUUCUGAUCAAAGUCCACGCAUGUGGUGUAAACCCCGUGGAAACAUAUAUUCGGUCUGGUACUUACAGAAGAAAACCACUCUUACCCUACACGCCGGGUUCAGACGUGGCUGGGAUAAUAGAAGCUAUUGGAGAGAAUGUAUCUACUUUCAAGAAAGGUGACAGAGUUUUCACUACCGCCACCAUCUCUGGGGGCUAUGCUGAGUAUGCCCUUGCUUCAGAUCACACUGUGUACAUACUGCCGGAGAAACUGGACUUGAAACAAGGAGCUGCCAUCGGCAUCCCGUAUUUUACUGCAUACCGAGCUCUGCUCCACAGCGCCCGCGCGAAAGCCGGAGAAAGUGUUCUGGUUCAUGGGGCUAGUGGAGGAGUUGGAAUAGCAGCGUGCCAGAUUGCCAGGGCUUACGGCCUAAAAGUUUUAGGUACGGCUGGUACCGAGGAAGGACAAAACAUUGUCUUGCAGAAUGGAGCCCAUGAAGUGUUUAAUCACAGAGAACUUAAUUAUAUUGAUAAAAUCAAGAAAUCUGUUGGUGAAAAAGGCAUUGAUGUGAUCAUUGAAAUGCUAGCUAAUGUAAAUCUUAGUAAUGAUUUGGAUCUUCUGUCGUAUGGAGGACGAGUAAUAGUUGUUGGCAGCAGAGGUCCUAUUGAAAUAAACCCACGGGACACCAUCCCAAAGGAAACCAGUAUAAUUGGAACUGCUCUUUAUUCAUCAACUAAGGAGGAAUUUAGGAAAUUUGCAAUGGCCCUUCAAGCUGGAAUGGAAAUCGGUUGGUUGAAACCUGUGAUAGGUCCUCAGUAUUCACUGGAGAAGGUGGUCCAGGCUCACGAAAAUAUCAUCCACAGCAGUGGGGCUAUUGGGAAAAUGAUUCUUCUCUUAGAAUGAUUCAUUCUUUCAUAUACUUCCAAUGCAAUUAGAGGUCUCCUGCCCCCAGUUUUACUUACACUACCUUUGCUCUAAUCAGCAUUCAUUUGAUUUAGUGAAUUUCUUAUAUUAAAAAAAACAAGAUUUAUCUUUAGAGAUCUGGGCAUUGGAGCACAAUUUAUUUUAUAGUUCACCAUAUUCUUUAUGCCUCCCAUCUACCUCUAAUCAGACUCAUCAUGGUAGGAAGUAGAAUGUCAGUCAGUAGUGAUUUGGCAUUGGGUGCUUUAACAGAAAAUCCUGGUACUUGAUCGUUAAUUCCAUACCUUUGGCUAAGCAAGCUAAUUUAAAAUAAGACUAUGUGAUUUCCAAGCCUGUUUGUAAAGAUUCUUUGAUUAGCCCAGAACUGUCCUGGACUGAAGA